GCUGAUGCUGCUCCGAAGCUGUUUGUGUUCGGGGACUCGUAUGCUGAUACCGGCAACUCAGGGAAGUCAGCUAGCUCCUGGAAGGAACCCUAUGGGAUCACAUUUCCUGGAAAACCAGCUGGUCGAUUCUCUGAUGGCAGAAUCUUCACAGAUUAUAUAGCUUCAUAUCUGGGAAUAGAAUCCCCAAUACCCUACACGACAGCAAUGGCGACUGCACAGGACUCUCGCAGUCGUCAUCUUCAGUAUGGGAUGAACUUUGCUUAUGGAGGAACAGGAGUGUUUGACACCUUCAUCCCUGCACCAAACAUGUCUGUCCAGAUCAAUCUGCUUGAGAAGAUUAUUGAGGAACGAAAAGUCUACACCAAACAAGACCUUCUCAACUCCUCCUUUGCCUUGGUGUCAAUAGCAGGCAAUGACUACUUGACCUAUGCCAACAAAAAGGGCAAUCCCCAGGAAUUACCAGGUCUGACUGAGAGAAUCAUCGCUCAGCUUUCUGAAAACCUGAACCUCAUCCAUGGCUUAGGAGUUUCAAAAGUGGCAAUCACCACUCUGCCACCAAUUGGUUGCUUGCCAGUGGUGGCUGCUGCAAACUCGUACCGGGACUGCAAUGAAACCUGGAACUCUGCAGCCAAGUACCACAACCAGCUGCUGCAACAAGCAGUGGAAUCGUUAAACAACAGGACCAACAAGAGUAAUGUUUUCGGAAUCCUGGACACAUUCAGUGCAUUCAUGGCUGAGUUUAAGAAAUCGAACGGUUCAGGUUCUGGUGACAACCCACUGAAGCCAUGCUGCAUCGGGGUGAGCAGUGAUCACUCGUGUGGAGAUGUCGACGAGAAGGGGGGCAAUGGAGGAGCAAAGAAAUAUGUGGUUUGCAACAACCCAAGCCUGUCAAUGUUCUGGGAUAUGCUUCAUCCUGCCCAGAAUGGCUGGCAAGCUGUUUAUCAAACUCUCAAACCUUCUCUUCAUGAGAUGAUGAUAUAG